GGCAUCAAAUCAAAAUUAUUAUAAAUAUGCAGAGUUGCAGACUAAAAAUAUUAUCCGACCCUGGACCUGGCACGUGGGCAUCAAGUAAAUUUAAAAAAAAAUCCGCUCAGUCUAUGCUCUGUUGAUCUGAUGAUGGCUGGAGAUGAUAAAAUCUAACCAUUUCAACGAGAUAACAAUGUUUACAUGUUCUGCUAGAGUAAAUAUAAAUCAUCAUGCUUCAGCAACAUUCUGGAAAGAAUAGUGAUGGUACCGAGUAAAGUUCAGCCUUGUCAAGAACUUUUAUUGGUCACUUGUCGAGAAAAACCGAAACAGUUGUAUUACAUAGAGCAGUGUAGUUAAAUCUGGAUGAUGCAACUCAAAGCUUUGGUUUCAGAAUUACUAGAAGUAUGAGGCAGGGCGAACACAAACAGGCUCCUCCUGCUGGGUUGGGGUGGGCCGGGGAGGGAAUAGGAGUAUGAAGGAGAAAACAUCCGCACAACUGGCUGCUGGUUGCGGGGAGACGGUGCACUUUUUACGCUGGGUCCUACUCGCUUCGACGUGGCACAAUGGAACAAGCUUUGGCACCUUUGCGGGAGGCUGUGCGGGAGCAGGGCACCUUGGUGGCACAGCUGAAGGAGCAAGGAGCCCCUGAGUUGGAGGUAAACCAGGCCAUCACAGAGCUUAAAGCACGCAAGAGAGUUUUGGAAAUGAAGGAACUGUCCUUGCAACCGAAAGAUGAAGUUGUGGACAGGGUAAAGAUGGAUGACACAUUAAAGAGGAGGUUCUUCUACGAUCAGUCAUUUGCCAUAUAUGGAGGGGUGGCUGGCCUGUACGACUUUGGGCCGGUGGGGUGCGCGCUGAAGAACAACAUUCUGCAGGUGUGGCGGCAGCACUUUAUCCAGGAGGAGCAGAUCCUAGAAAUCGACUGCACUAUGCUCACCCCCGAACCUGUCCUCAAGACAUCAGGCCACGUGGAUAAGUUUGCCGACUACAUGGUGAAAGACGCCAAGACAGGAGAAUGCUUCCGUGCUGAUCAUCUCCUUAAAGCCCACUUGAAGAAAGUGAUGUCCAAUGAGACGUGCACCCCUGAGAAGGUGGCCGAGAUGGAGGAUGUGAUCACUCAGAUGGACAACUACACACAGCAGGAGUUGGGCGAACUAUUUGUCAAGUACAACGUCAAGUCUCCCUCCACAGGAAAUGACCUCACCCCUCCCAUUUCCUUCAACCUCAUGUUCAAGACCUCUAUUGGGCCAGGGGGCAACACACCUGGCUAUCUAAGGCCAGAAACGGCUCAGGGAAUGUUCCUCAACUUUAAGCGACUUCUGGAAUUCAACCAAGGGAAACUCCCCUUUGGCGCUGCUCAGAUCGGAAACUCCUUCAGGAACGAGAUCUCGCCUCGCUCCGGGCUCAUCCGUGUCAGAGAGUUCACAAUGGCUGAAAUCGAGCACUUUGUAGACCCCAAUGAGAAGGUCCAUCCUAAAUUCUCAAACGUGGCUGACCUGAAGAUCCUAUUGUACUCGUCCAAGGCUCAGACCAGUGGCCAGUCUGCUCAGGUCAUGAGACUCGGAGAUGCUGUGGCGCAGGGCACCAUCAACAACUCUGUGCUAGGCUACUUCAUCGGCAGAAUAUACCUGUACCUUCUCAAAGUGGGUCUUAGCAAAGACAAAGUGCGCUUCCGUCAGCACAUGGAGAACGAGAUGGCUCACUACGCCUGUGACUGCUGGGAUGCAGAGUCCAAAACUUCCUAUGGUUGGAUCGAGAUUGUCGGGUGUGCUGACCGCUCGUGCUACGACCUCUCGUGUCACACCCGUGCCACCAAGGUUCCCCUUGUGGCAGAGAAGCCCCUGAAAGAGCCGAAGGUGGUCAAUGUGGUGAAGUUCGAGCCUAACAGAGGCGUCAUCGGAGCAGCGUACAAAAAAGAUGCCAAGCUGAUUUUCGAGUACCUGGACGCGUGUGACGAAUGUUUCAUCGACACCCAGGAAAAGCGUCUCAACGAAAGCGGAGAGUUCAGUGUGUCAACGGAGGGCAAAACGUUCAAGCUUUCCAAAGAUAUGAUCGCAGUCAAGAGAUUCCAGAAAACAGUACAUGUUGAAGAAAUCGUCCCCAAUGUUAUCGAGCCAUCCUUCGGCAUCGGCAGAAUUAUGUACUCCAUCUUUGAGCACUCCUUCAACACGCGAGAAGGCGACGAACAGAGAACGUAUUUCAGUUUUCCGGCCACCGUGUCCCCGUACAAAUGCUGCAUCCUUCCUCUGAGCCAAAACCAAGAGUUUACACCUUUUGUCCAAAAACUAUCUGAAGCUUUGACAAGAAAGUGCGUGUCCCACAAAGUGGACGACUCAUCGGGAUCCAUCGGGAGACGCUACGCCCGCUCCGAUGAGAUCGGCGUGGCGUUUGGCGUCACUGUCGACUUUGACACCGUCAACAAGACGCCGCACACCGCCACCCUCAGGGACCGUGACUCAAUGAGGCAGAUCCGUGCCGAGGUGGACGCCUUGCCUGAGGUGAUUUGGUCGCUUGCCAACGGCGUCUCCACUUGGCCUGAGCUGGAGACCCGUUACCCCCUCUUUGAAGGACAGGAGACCAGCAAGAAGGAGUGAGCCUCAGGGUAAAUUUCAAGAUGCUUUUCAAGGAGCAUAACAUGAUUUAAAGGGCUACAAGACAAAUGAAAGGAACAGAACACUCAUUAUUAACAAGUGUGCUGGUUGAGAUCCCCUGUGGCACAUUACUCAUUACACAAGACUGUUCACAAUUCCCAAAGAGAAAUGUUGUCAUGAAUGCACAAAAACUACUUUUUUUUUUUACAAUUCCUGUUGACCUUUUUUCUAAUAAAU